AGCAGCACAGCACUGCUCAGAGCAUGAAGCUGAAACUACACCAGGCUGUGGAGCUGAAGUUUUAAUGUGAAGUGGUUUCUUCUUCUCUGGAAACAAUUAAAGCUGCUCUCUGUUUCUAAACUAGUUUGGAGCUAAAUGAGCUGCAGACACGGAGACACUCAGUGAUACUCGGGGCACGAUGGAGAGCAGUAAGGGAUUACUUCGCUGUAAGAUCGUGGUGGUCGGAGAUGCGCAGUGUGGAAAGACGGCUCUCCUUCAUGUUUUCGCUAAAGACUCGUACCCGGAGAACUAUGUUCCCACGGUGUUUGAGAACUACACAGCCAGCUUUGAGAUUGACAAACAGAGGAUCGAGCUCAACAUGUGGGACACUUCAGGUUCAGCCUACUACGACAAUGUGCGGCCGUUAGCGUAUCCUGAUGCAGACGCCGUGCUUAUCUGCUUUGACAUCAGCCGUCCGGAAACACUGGACAGCGUGCUGAAAAAGUGGCAGGGUGAGACACAGGAGUUCUGUCCUAACGCCAAAGUGGUGCUGGUUGGCUGCAAGUUGGACAUGAGGACGGAUCUCAACGUCUUGAGAGAGCUUUCCAAACACAGACUCAUCCCUGUCACCCACGAACAAGGGACUAAUUUGGCGAGGCAGAUCGGUGCUGUGGCCUACGCAGAGUGCACCUCAAAGUACUCAGAGAACAGCGUCCGUGACGUUUUCCAUGUCACCACACUGUCUUCUGUGUUUCGCAUCCAUCGGCCGCAGCUCAAACGUGCUGGAUCACGCCGCGGCCUGAAGCGGGUCUCCCAGCAGCCACCUCGGACUGAGAUUCAUGAGCAGACGCCUGCGAUCAGAAAGGACCGGGCCAAAAGCUGUGCACUCAUGUAGGACCAGCAACCUGAUCCGUGCGCAUGUGCUGAUGGACAUGAAACCAUAUGCACUGCACAUGAACUUAAUUUAUUGGUGAAUUCUUGUCAAAUCUUUGCACUGCAUAAAGGACGAUACAAGAACGAA